AUGCUGCUCAUUUUGUUCCUUAUAAUAAUUUGUUCCCAUGUUUCUGUCAACCAACAUUCUGGUCCGGAGUAUGCUGAUGUGGUGUUUCUGGUGGACAGCUCCGACCGCCUGGGAAUUAAGUCCUUCCCGUUUGUGAAGGCCUUCAUCAACAAGAUGAUCAGUAGCCUCCCCAUAGAGGCUGACAAGUACCACGUGGGCCUGGCCCAGUACAGCGACAGGCUCCAUGAAGAGUUCCAGCUCAGCACCUUCAAGAGCAGGGGCCCCAUGUUGAACCACCUCAAGAAGAACUUCGGGUUCCUGGGGGGCUCCCUGCAGAUUGGGAACGCUCUCCAGGAGGUCCACAGGGCCUACUUCUCCAGCGGGAGGGACAAGAAACAGUUUCCCCCGAUCCUGGUGGUCCUGGCUUCCGCUGAGUCCGAAGAUGCUGUGGAAGAGGCCGCCGAAGCGCUGCGCAAAAAUGGGGUGAGGAUCGUCUCCGUGGGGAUGCAGGGGGCGUCUGAGAAGACCCUGAAGGCCAUGGCCACGGGCCAGUUCCACUACAGCCUCCGGACGGUCAGGGACCUCAGCACGUUCUCCCAAAACAUGACGCAGAUUCUCAAGGAUGCAGCUCAAUACAAGGAUGGGGCAGUCAAUGACGUCCUUGUGGAAGUUUGCCAAGGCCCUUCCGUGGCUGACGUUGUGUUCCUGUUGGAUAUGUCCGCCAACAGCAGCUGGGAGGACUUUGACUAUCUUAAAGAAUUCCUGGAAGAAAGCAUAUCUGCUCUGGACAUCAAGGAAAACUGCAUGAGGGUUGGCCUUGUGGCCUAUGCCAAUGAGACGAAGGUGAUUAGCACCCUGAGCAGGGGUGUAAACAAAUCGGAGGUUCUGCAGGACAUCCAGAGCCUUGCUCCCCAGGCCGGGAAGGCCUACACUGGAGCCGCCCUGAGAAAGAUCAGGAAGGAAGUCUUCAGCGUGCAGCACGGCAGUCGGAAGAACCAGGGGGUGCCGCAGAUCGCCGUGCUCGUGACCCACAGCCCAUCCCAGGACAACGUGACCAAGGCCGCUGUGAACCUCCGGCGCCAGGGGGUGACCGUCUUCACCGUUGGCGUAGAGGGGGCCAGCGACACCCAGCUGGAGAAGAUUGCGUCUCACCCCGCCGAGCAGUACGUGUCCCAGCUGAAGUCCUUCUCUGACCUGGCUGCCCACAACCAGACGUUUCUGAAGAAGCUGCGGAAUCAGAUCACACACACGGUCUCUGUCAUUUCCGAACGGACCGAGACCCUCAAAGCCGGUUGUGUGGACACGGAGGAAGCAGACAUCUACCUGCUCAUCGACGGCUCUGGGAGCACGCAGGCCACGGACUUCCAGGAGAUGAAGACCUUCCUGUCAGAGGUGGCGGGGAUGUUCAACAUCGCUCCCCAGAAGGUGCGGGUUGGGGCUGUCCAGUACGCCGGCCGCUGGGACUUGGAAUUUGAGAUCAGUAAGUACACGAACAAGCACGAUGUCGGGAAGGCCAUCGAGAACAUCAGGCAGAUGGGCGGGAACAGGAACACGGGCGCCGCCCUGAACUUCACCCUGGGGCUGCUGCAGAAGGCAAAGCGGCAGCGGGGAGGCAGAGUGCCCUGCCACCUCGUUGUGCUGACCAGCGGCGCGUCCCGGGACAGCGUCUUGGGGCCCGCCAGCAGGCUGAGAGACGAGCUCGUCCACGUCUACGCCAUCGGGGUCAGAGAGGCCAACCAGACUCAGCUGCGCGAAAUCGCCGGCGAGGAGAAGCGUGUCUACUACGUGCAUGACUUUGAUGCCUUGAAAGACAUAAGAAACCAGGUUGUUCAAGAAAUCUGUGCUGAAGAAGCCUGCAAAGAGAUGAAGGCCGACAUCAUGUUUUUGGUGGACAGUUCUGGCAGUAUAGGACUAGAGAACUUCAUCAAAAUGAAAACAUUUAUGAAAAACCUGGUGAGCAAAUCUCAGAUCAGGGCAGAUGGAGUGCAAAUCGGUGUGGUCCAGUUCAGUAACAUCAAUAAGGAGGAGUUUCAGCUCAACAGAUACACAUCCCAGGGGGAAAUUUCAGAUGCAAUAGACCGAAUGGCUCACAUUGGAGAAACCACCUUGACGGGGAGCGCCCUGACCUUCGUGUCUCAGUACUUCAGCCCUGCCAAGGGAGCCCGGCCCAAUGUCAGGAAAUUCCUCAUCCUCAUCACAGAUGGGGAGGCUCAGGACAUAGUCAAGGACCCAGCGGUGGCCCUUCGGGGAGAAGGCAUCAUUAUCUACUCUGUAGGCGUGUUUGGCUCCAACGUCACCCAGCUGGAGGAGAUCAGCGGGAGGCCGGAGAUGGUUUUUUAUGUUGAGAAUUUUGACAUUCUGCAGCACAUUGAGGAUGACCUUGUUUUUGGAAUAUGCAGCCCCCGUGAAGAAUGCAAGCGCAUUGAAGUUUUAGACGUGGUGUUUGUAAUUGACAGCUCUGGCAGCAUUGACCAUGAUGAAUACAACAUCAUGAAGGACUUUAUGAUCGACUUGGUGAAAAAAGCUGAUGUGGGCAAGAAUCAUGUCCGGUUUGGGGCUCUGAAGUACGCGGAUGACCCGGAGGUGCUGUUUUAUCUGGAUAGCCUUGACACCAAAUGGGAGGUGAUCUCGGUGAUCCAGAAUGAUCAGCCCAUGGGGGGCAACACUUAUACCGCUGAGGCUCUGGGCUUCUCAGACCACAUGUUCACCGAAGGCCGGGGCAGCCGUCUGCACAAAGGGGUCCCCCAGGUCCUCAUCGUGAUCACCGAUGGGGAAUCCCACGAUGCCGAUAAGCUCAAUGCUACAGCCAAGGCCUUGCGGGACAAGGGCAUCCUUGUCCUGGCCGUGGGCAUCGCCGGCGCCAACCCCGUGGAGCUGCUGGCCAUGGCAGGAUCGAGUGACAAGUACUUCUUCGUGGAAACUUUUGGAGGUCUGAAGGGGAUAUUUUCAGAUGUGUCUGCCAGCGUAUGUAACUCUUCAAAAGUAGACUGUGAAAUUGAAAAAGUCGAUCUUGUGUUCCUCAUGGAUGGCUCGAAUAGCAUUCAUCCAGAUGACUUUAGGAAGAUGAAGGAAUUCUUGGCGUCUGUCAUUCAAGACUUCGAUGUCAGUGACAACAGAGUGCGUAUAGGAGCAGCCCAGUUCAGCCACACCUACCGGCCGGAGUUCCCCCUGGGAACGUUCCUCAGCAAAAGGGAGAUCUCCUUUCAGAUCGAAAACAUCCAGCAGAUCUUCGGAUACACCCACAUCGGCGCCGCCCUCCGGCAGGUAGGGCACUACUUCCAGCCGGACAUGGGCAGCCGGAUCCACGCAGGCACCCCCCAGGUGCUGCUGGUCCUCACGGACGGCCAGUCCCAAGACGAGGUGGCUCAGGCCGCCGAAGAGCUGAGACACAGAGGCAUCGACAUUUACUCCGUGGGCGUCGGGGAUGUGGAUGACCAGCAGCUCGUUCAGAUCACCGGGACCGCCGAUAAGAAGCUGACAGUUCACAACUUUGACGAGCUGAAGAAGGUCAAGAAGAGGAUUGUUCGUAACAUCUGUACCUCCGGGGGAGACAGCAAUUGCUUUGUGGACGUUGUGGUGGGAUUUGACAUCUCAACUCAGCAGAGUGGGCAGACUUUGCUGGAAGGCCAGUCCUGGAUGGAAACCUAUCUUCAAGACGUCUUACGUGCCAUCAGCUCCCUCAAUGGGGUAAGCUGUGAGGUGGGCACGGAGACUCAGGUUAGUGUGGCUUUUCAAGUGACCAAUGCUGCAGAAAAAUAUUCCCCCAAGUUUGAGAUCUACAGUGAAAACAUACUGAACAGCUUGCAGGAUAUAACAGUUAAAGGACCAUCUCUUCUCAACGCAAACCACUUGGGUUCUCUGUGGGAUGCAUUUCAGAAUAAGUCAGCAGCUCGGGGAAAGGUGGCCCUCUUAUUUUCAGAUGGAUUGGAUGAUGAUGUUGAAAAACUUGAACAAAAAUCUGAUGAACUUAGAAAAGAAGGCCUGAACGCCCUCAUCACUGUUGCUCUGGAUGGACCCACCAGUUCCAGCGACCUGGCUGAUCUUCUGUACAUUGAGUUUGGGAAAGGAUUUGAGUACAAGACACAGCUCACUCUUGGGAUGAGGGACCUUGGGAGCCAAUUGUCAAAGCACCUGGUCAAUGUUGCGGAAAGGACGUGCUGCUGUUUAUUCUGCAAGUGCAUUGGAGGAGAUGGCGCAAGGGGAGACCCUGGACCAGCAGGGAAAACGGGACUUCCAGGUUUUAAAGGCAGUGAAGGCUACUUGGGAGAGGAGGGCACUGCUGGAGAAAGAGGAGCCAGUGGACCUGUGGGGGAACAAGGUACUAAAGGAUGCUUCGGUGCCAAAGGCCCGAAGGGAAGCAGGGGACUAAAUGGACAGGAGGGAGAAGUUGGGGAAAGUGGAAUUGAUGGGUUAAAUGGAGAACAGGGUGACAAGGGUCUUCCUGGAGCAAAAGGAGAGAAAGGCAAUGAAGGAGGCCAGGGAAUCCCAGGAGAGAGAGGAAUUUCUGGGGACCGUGGAGCAAAGGGCUUGCGUGGAGACCCAGGAGUUCCUGGAUUUGACAAUAGCGUAGAGGGACCCAAGGGCUUGAAAGGAGAACUUGGAAGACAGGGAAGAAGAGGCUGGCCAGGCCCCCCUGGAACUCCCGGCUCCAGAAGGAAGACA